CAGGUGGUGACGUCACGGGGAGCGCGCUGCGCGGCCCCGCGGUGCUAAAUAUGGAGCUGUCCGCUGUCGGGGAGCGAGUGUUUGCAGCCGAAUCCCUUCUCAAAAGACGCAUCCGUAAGGGUCGAAUGGAGUAUUUGGUGAAAUGGAAAGGCUGGUCUCAGAAGUACAGCACAUGGGAACCCGAGGAAAAUAUCUUAGAUGCGAGAUUAGUGGCAGCUUUCGAGGACCGGGAACGAGAGCGAGAACUGUAUGGGCCGAAGAAGAGGGGUCCCAAGCCGAAGACGUUCCUCCUUAAGGCCCAGGCCAAAGCAAACGCGAAGACCUAUGAAUUCCGUAGCGAGUCUACACGAGGCUUAAGAGUCCCAUAUCCAGGGCAUCCUUCUCAAGAAGUACAGUCUAGGUCCAGGGAAGGGUUAAGGAGCAUUCCUACCUCGUCCCAGGAGAGUAGCCAAACUGAAGUCAACCUCUUUAAUGAAAGGUUGGGAAGCUCGGAUAUCCGAGAACAUUAUCCCCUAAAGAUUAAAAAGAAAAAAAAAUGCCACCACGAGAAACUCCUUCACAAGGCCAACGUGCAGAGAGUGUCACCCGCCAACCAUACAGGUCCCACGGAACAGGUGAUGAAUUCUGCCAAAGCGGAUGAUUCUGGACCGCUAGACUACCAUUCCGCGCAUGGCGUCAUACAGAUUGCAAGGCGGCAGCACUCCGAUUUGGGAUCUUCAAGUCAGAUCGAACACUGUUUCAUAUCUAAAGACCACGGACUGGUGCAAAGCACACAACAUGGACACGGGAAGUCAAGUACUGACUCCUCUUUACAUAGGACGAAGAAUAAGGGCGACCUCUAUAAAGAUGCCGCUAUGCCUAGAACUAAGAUCAGCUCUGAAUGCCGGGACCAGGUGUCUGACUUCUACAGUGAAGCACUCUUAACACAUGGGAGGAAGCCUUCUCUUAUUGCCCGUAUCCCUGUUGCCAGGAUUUUUGGAGAGCCAGAAGAAGAACCGUGGAGGCCCCCAGUGGACAACUUGGAGAAAGUAGUAGUGACAGACGUGACUUCUAAUUUUCUGACUGUGACUAUAAAAGAAAGCAACACAGACCAAGGCUUUUUUAAGGACAAACGAUAAGUGUUUGUAUAUAAUGUCCGUCAAUUCCGUAAUUUCCCAUUCACGUUUUAUGUUUUGGGGAUAAAAAAAA